UCCUCCUUGAGGGGGGUCGCCACCACGGCCAGCCCCCAACCACCCUCCUCCACGCUCUCCCGCCUCUUUCCCCUCACUCCUCCGGCUCCUCCUGCGCACGCCCCGGCACCGAUUGUUGACAAAAGACGGCGACGGGAGACGAAGCGAGGCUGCCCGGUGUCCUUUCCCCCCCUCUUUCCUUACCGGAAUCCCCGAAAAGGAAUCUAAACCGGUGUCGGUGGAGCGCGACCGAGGUGGAAGACGAUACGGGAAGAGGAGUCUCCGAGGGGGCCCGCGAUUGUUGUUCAUCCGAACGUGACCCUCCGGAAGGUGUGGCCGAGGUGAUUCGCUUGUCGCUGGUGGUCUGACCGCAGCGGGCCCGACGCGAAAGAAGGAAAAAGAAUUGGAAAUUUUGAGCGUAAAAUGGGUCGCCAGCUGUGAGGGGCAAGUACCAGUCGAGGAGCCUCGGAGGGGAAGGAAGGAAGGAAGGAGGGAGGGCCUCCUCAGCCCGGAAUGGUGUGAGCUGACUCUGCCAGGCAAGUCUGGAUCUGAGCGGGGAGCCGUCCUUCCCCCGGAGCCUCCGCGGCCCCAAGCCGCGUGCCGAGCCCUCCAAGAUGGGGAAGUGCGACGGGAGAUGCACGCUGCUGGUCAUAUGCUCCCUGCAGCUGGUGGCCGCCCUUCAGAGGCAGGUGUUUGACUUUCUGGGCUACCAGUGGGCGCCCAUCCUGGCCAACUUCCUUCACAUCAUGGCCGUCAUCUUGGGCAUGUUCGGCACGGCGCAGUUUCGGUUCAGAUACCUCAUCUUUUAUGCAGUGUGGCUGGUGCUGUGGGUGGGCUGGAACUCCUUCAUCAUCUGCUUCUACCUGGAGGUGGGAAACCUGUCACAGGACAGGGACUUUCUCAUGACGUUCAACACGUCACUGCAUCGUUCCUGGUGGAUGGAGCACGGUCCCGGAUGCUUGGUGACACCGGUGUUGGACUCACACUUGGCCCCAGAUGACCACCACGUCAUCACUGUUUCCGGCUGCCUCUUGGACUACCAGUACAUAGAAGUGCUGAGCUCGGCCAUUCAGGUCCUGUUGGCACUUUUUGGCUUCGUGUACGCGUGCUACGUGAGCAAAGUCUUCCAGGAUGACGAGGACAGCUUUGACUUCAUCGGUGGUUUCGACUCCUACGGCUACCAGCCUCCACAGAAGUCCUCGCACCUACAACUGCAGCCUCUCUACACAGCUGGCUAAUGAACACUUGAGGCCAAACAGUGCCACUGCAGACGGACCGAGUCGAUGAACCCAAUUAGAGGACUUGAUUACCUACCCCCGCCUUGAAGACGAGAUGUGUGAGCGUGUGUGUGCCUGAGUAAGAUUACCAUCCCUGAAUGGAAUGUACCAAUCUCAGGGAUGAACCAGCAUGUUGGAUGGGUGGCCAGAUGGGAUGAAUCGGAAUAAGGAGACAGUCAAUUCACCAGAGACACAGUUCUUUACCAGCUAUCAACACAAAUGUGUGUAAUGUACUACAAUAUGUGUGUGUAUGUGUGUGUCACAGGACUAACCGGUGCAAUUGAAAUCGCUCCUCGCACGAUUGUAGUUGUGGGAGGGAGCGUCACGUAAUUUAAAAGAAAAAGGCACGACUCAUUGUCAGUUUAGAAUGUGUUGAUGUCAAACUAGAGCAGUUUUAAGACUUCUGCUCCCAAUCCCAUCUGCGAUCGGUCCUUUAAAUGUUAAAAACAAGUAACUUAAAACACUAGAAGAAAAAUGAUGAAAACACUCUAGUUUCUCAAUUUUUUGUCGCCCCUUUAUGUCCGGGUCGUAUUUGGUGCCAAUCGGGUCAAUUUACAAAAAGGAGUUGGUAGUGCAGAUGGUGUUGGGAUCAGGCAUUAGUAUGUCUUUGGGGAGGGGGGGAUAUUGUGCAUGUAAAUAACCAGCCAAUGACUGAUUUUGUUUAGAAAAAAAGGGGAUUGCAUUAGGUUGUGGAAGAGUCGCUCGGGGGGGAUAUUUUUUUUCUUGAUAUCUGUGUCUCUUGUUGGUCUUCUCACUCUCAAACAUCGUAACACGCUCUUUGACAUUUUUUGGUCUGUCAAAUGGGAGCAGAGGAAGGAGGGAGGGACACAGGUAUGAUGUAAACACCUUUAAAUAAAGGUGCACGGUACAGUUUGAAAUAAUAAAAACACACUUUGUACAUGAAAAACGAAACUUGUGUGCUCAUUGGUUUGAUUUUUACAUUGAUUUUGAUGAAAGUUAUUUUACUGUAAUAUUCGGACUAUAAGGUGCACCUGACUAUAAGCCACCACCCACCAAAUUUGACAUGAAAAUGGCAUUUGUUCAUAGAUACGCAGCACUGGACUAUAAGCCACAGCUGUUUUCGCUGUAUUAUGGGCAGUGAUGUGACAGAUUACUUGAAAAAGUAAUUUAAUUGCUGAUUACUGAUUACUCCUCAAAAAAGUAAUCUAGUUACUUUACUGAUUACUUUGAUAUCAAAGUAACUAAGUUACUUUAAAAGUAAUUUGUCAGUUACUUUUCCCAAUUUUUCUCCCUUUGCAGCCUCAA